AUGGCGGCGACCAUGACACAAAUCGUGUGCCCCGCAGAGGGUCCGGGAUCGCCUGGUCCUUUGCUAAAGCUAGGUUCGCCUGUGAAAGAUGCAGGGUCCACGCACUCUCAUUCGCGGCUGAAUACAGCAGCGGGGGUCUUUGACAUCUCGCCCGAGAUAGCCCUGCAGCAACUCUGCAACAACGUCGAGAAGUUGAAUAGCCUCUUCGCAUCGGAAUCCGCCACCACGGACUCUAACUUCUCCUGUGCGACGCCGGUCGGAAGUGAAACGGGAGCAGAAGAGGAACUUGCGGUCAAGGGCGUGGGCUUACAUUGUGGCAAUGGGGAGGACCAUUCAGAACGGACGAAAGAGGAAACGUUCCAGAUGACCAUGUUGUCGCGCAAGUUCCUCUCCAAGAAGGUGCCCCCGAUUGCGCUUAAAGAUUACUUGCUUCGAUUGCACCGAUACUGCCCCAUGUCCACCGCGGUCUUCCUCGCAGCGAGCGCUUAUAUUACCCGCAUGGCAUUGGCAGAGAAGAUCCUCCGUGUGGUACCAAAGAACAUGCAUCGACUCGUUUUGGCUGGCCUUCUCGUCGCCACCAAGGCCUUGGAAGACCUGAGUUAUCCGCACAGUCGAGUCGCUAAGGUUGGCGGGGUCAGCGAGCACGAGCUCUCCAAACUGGAAAUCAGCUUUUGCUUUUUGGCAGACUUUGACCUUCGUGUUGACGCGCAAAUGUUGAUGAAUGAAGUAGAUAUGGAUAGCCUCCCGAUCUCGCCUCCACCGGAACCAUCGCACGGCUGA